GUCAACUCGUUCGUGCCGCAUUCAUCAGGCAACGUGCUUUCCAGUGGAUUGCAUGAAACUGUGAUUACUUGGAUAUACGUUUUUUUUUUCAUAUUAUAAUAAAAAUCUUUGUUCUGUCGGGCUAGUAGUUAAAGCACAAUGUCGACACUAGAAAAGAUCGCCCAAAUUGAGGCCGAGAUGGCAAGAACUCAACGAAACAAAGCUACAAUGGGCCAUCUUGGACUCCUUAAAGCUAAACUCGCUAAACUUCGCCGGGACUUAAUCACUCCAAAAAGCGGUGGAGGUGGUCCUGGAGAGGGGUUUGAUGUAGCGAAAACUGGCGACGCUCGGAUUGGCUUCAUAGGGUUUCCAUCGGUAGGAAAAUCAACACUGAUGAACACAUUGGCAGGAGUGUUCUCUGAAGUGGCCGCCUACGAGUUUACAACCCUUACAACUGUACCUGGUGUUAUAAAAUAUAAGGGUGCCAAGAUUCAAUUGUUAGAUCUUCCGGGUAUUAUUGAAGGAGCGAAAGACGGAAAGGGUCGUGGUCGGCAGGUGAUUGCAGUAGCUCGAACCUGUUCCCUGAUUUUCAUUGUACUUGACGUCCUCAAACCUCUGCAACACAAACGGAUGAUCGAACACGAGUUGGAGGGGUUCGGUAUCCGACUGAAUAAAGAACCCCCACAGAUUACCCUCCGUAGAAAAGAUAAAGGCGGAAUUAAUCUGCAGUGCCUUGUACCACAGACGGAACUGGAUUUGGAGACAGUGAAAGCGAUCCUAUCUGAGUAUAAGAUUCAUAACGCGGACGUCGUAUUAAAAUACGAUUCUACCCAGGAUGACCUCAUUGAUGUGAUCGAAGGAAAUCGUAUUUACAUUCCUUGCAUUUACGUUCUUAAUAAAAUAGAUCAAAUCUCAAUUGAAGAGCUCGACAUUAUUUAUAAGGUGCCACACUGCGUGCCGAUCUCAGCACAUCACCGGUGGAACUUCGAUGACCUCCUCGAAAAGGCCUGGGAAUACCUUCGACUACUUCGAAUUUACACAAAGCCUAAAGGGCAGUUACCUGACUAUGAAGCCCCCGUCAUUUUGGCACGUGACCAUCAGACCGUGGAAGACUUUUGCAACAAAGUGCACCGAACGCUAAUCAAGGAAUUUAAAUACGCUCUUGUCUGGGGUUCAAGCGUGAAGCACAAUCCGCAGAAGGUGGGAAAAGAGCAUGUUCUUUGUGACGAGGAUGUUGUGCAGAUUGUCAAGCGAGUAUAACAAAGUUAUGUAGAUUACAAGUGGAACUCGAUCACAGAAGACAGAACUUGUUUUAGAUGUUUUCCUGGUAAACAGUUCCAAGGUGUAAAGGGGUGGGUUAUGUUGGACGUUAACGUGAUUGGUGAAUAAAUGGCAUUUCUUGUCUUGGUGUACAAUGUAAUUAUAGUUUGUUUUAAUCGUCACAUGUGGCUGAUGUUUGCCCUAUAUAUCUCAGGUCCUGCAGUUAGAAUUCUAUGUCUUUGAAGUCGGUCUGCUGACAUUGAACAUCCACUGACGCCCUUGGCGUCGUCAGGAUAUGACUAAGCCAUUUUUAUGAAUUAACUCUUUUAGCACGCAGAUUUCAAUGCAUGCAUACUUGUGAUUUCUUUGUUAUUUGUACAUAUGGAAUAGGAUUGCACCAAAAGCUGGUCUUCACAAGAGCAUUUAUCUUGUAAAUAUACAGUUAGAUUCGCGUAAAUUAUUAUUGUUAUUACGUCAGCUAUACUGCGGUGUGCCUAACGGUUUCAUUACAUACUGCGUGUUUCCG